ACUCUUCUCCUUAUUAUGCCUCCUUCUUUUUUUUUUAAUUGUAUAAGAACUAAAAAUUAACUUGUUCCUUUUUUUGUUUUUUUCUUUUGCGUUCAUAUAUAAUGGUUACAGCCUUUGAACCAAAAGAUGCAAGAGUAACAUUUGAACAAGAAUUCUAUAGCGACGAUGAUAGUGUAACAGAAGAAAAAUGGUUUUCCUUAACUAAACCCAGAAAAAGAAAGACGGGCACUCAAGCCUUAGUCGAAUUUUUGAAUACAACGAGCCCUGAGGAGUUUAAAACAACGGUGCAACAAAGCAAGCGAUCUUCUUCACCCGGAUUAUUCUUUAAAAGAUGUAAGCCCAAGUCCAAAAAGUUCAGCAUGACAACAGUACCGACUGUGACCAUGACAACAGGCCAGGUACAGCUUGUACACCGGAAAAAGUAUAUUGAGAUCAUCACACAAGAAUCAGUGGCACAUCAAAAAAGAAAUCUAUCACCUGCAUCAUCAAUAUUAACAUGCACAAAUGAAGGGUUUGUACGACGCCAACCAUCACUUAGAUUCCAGCCUGCUAAUGACAGACUAGUAGAACAACAGCCCAUGAUCCAACUCGAUAUGACAACUGAACAUGAUAUCAUUGAACACGGGCUAAAACAACGUUUAGCUCUUUACAGAUCAUCAGAAAAGCCAAGUGAUGCAAUGUCCAAAUCAAUUGCGCAAGAGCAUCUUGCCACACUAUCGGAUACUCCGUCUUAUGAGCUCCAACACAAAAAACGUGCACGCCAUGUUCAGAUACAAACAAUGCCCAUAGAACAAGACCUGAAACAGAAAAUCACUGUCUUAAGCCAAGACAACAGCAAUGACGAAAGUGAAACUGAAUGUGAUAUCAAUGAUGUUGAAAGUAUCAAGCAAAGGCUCAAAAAAGUCGAAAAAGAGUUGAGACAAGAAAAACUAAUUAAUGCAAGGCUAGAAGCUGCUUUAGAAGAAACCCGUGAUCAAUUCGAGGUGCUAAGUGGUUUAGCCUAUAAAAAAAUAAAGGAAGUUUGGCAAGAAAAGAUAAGAUGGGAAGAAGCAUGCAUGCAAGUAAAAGAAAGGUGUUGGCAGGACCACCAACAACAAAUCUUGGGUGAUUCAUGCUCUUUAAACAAUUGAAUGGCUUGCUAUUUAACAAACAAUAACAAAAUCGGUAUUUGAAAUAAAAAAGAUUGAGCAAUGGCUGACACAUGGCUG